AUGGCAUCGCCUUCUCACGGUGUUUUUCUUCUCGUUUCUUUAUGUUCGCAGACGAAGCAAGCCAAGAGCGGCAGACUCGAGUGGAACAUCCAUUUCUGGCUGGGACGAGACACGUCGCAGGACGAGUACACGGUCGCCGCCAUCAAGAGCGUGGAGCUGGACGACUCGCUGGGUGGCAGUCCCGUGCAGCACCGAGAGGUGCAGGACCACGAGUCGGACCUGUUCCUGUCACACUUUAAGAACGGCGUCAAGUACCUGGAAGGUGGCAUCGAGUCCGGUCUGCAGAGCGUGGACAAGACGGUGCACAAGCGGCUCUUCCAGGUCAAAGGGCGCCGCAAUAUCCGCGUGCGACAGGUGCCCCUGGAGGCUAGCUCGCUGAACCACGGCGACUGCUUCGUUCUCGACUGCCGCGACAACGUGUACGUCUUCGUGGGCCACCGAAGCGGUGGCCUAGAACGGGUCAAGGCCAUCCAGGUGGCCUCGGGCAUACGAGACGACGUUCAUGGCGGCCGAAGCAAGAUCAGCAUACUAGACGAGCACAGCUGCGAGGCCGAGGUGGAUAAAUUCUUCGAGGAACUCGGCUCGGGCUCGCCCUCGGACGUCAAGGAUGCCGCCGAGGGAGGCGACGAUGUCGAACACGAACGCUCCAGCGACACCGAGGUCUCGCUUCACAGGAUUUCGGAUGCCGAUGGUGAACUCAAAGUGGAAAGGGUCGGCGAAAAACCGCUCGCUCAAACGCUCCUGGACCCUAACGACUGCUUCCUCUUGGAUGGCGGUAUGUCUGGUCUCUUCGUGUGGGUCGGCAAAGGAGCGAGCGCCAAGGAACGCAAGGAAUCCAUGCUCCUGGCUCAGAAAUACCUCAAGUACCGCGGAUACCCGGAGUGGUGCCAGGUGACGCGCGUUAUCUGCGGCGCCGAGCCGCCCAUCUUCAAGCAGUACUUCGCCUCCUGGAAGGAGCACGAGAACAGCGGCAUCUUCGGCAGGAAGGGUGCGCUCAACCGCAUCGCCGAAAUGGACAAGACGUUCAACGUGAGCGACCUGCACCGCGAGAAACGACGCCUCUUGGCCAAGAACCUGGGCAAUGCCUGCGGUUUCAUGCCGGACGACGGCUCUGGAACAGUGGAGAUCUUCCGCGUGGAGAACUUUGAGCUGGCUCCAAUAGACCCGGCCAUCUACGGUUUCUUCUUCGGAGGGGACAGCUACGUCAUCAAGUACACCUACAAGAAGGGCUACAGCGAGCGCUACAUCAUCUACUUCUGGCAGGGAAACGAGAGCAGCCAAGACGAAAAGGCCGCCUCUGCGAUCUGGGCCGUGAAGAUGGACAACGACCUCUGCGGAAAGGCCAUUCAGGUGCGCGUGGUCCAAGGACACGAGCCGGAGCACUUCCUGCGCAUGUUCAAGGGGCGCAUGAUCAUCUUCAGCGGAGGACACGCCAGCGGAUUCCGCAACCUCAGGGACCACGACACGUACGACGUUGACGGAACGCGCAUGUUCCACGUCAAGGGAACGUCAGACGUCGACGUCCGGGCAGUCCAGGCAAAUGAAGUGGCGGCUUCAUUGAAUUCCGAGGACGUCUUUGUGCUAGAGACACCAAAGACUACCUUCCUAUGGCUGGGAGAGUUCGCCGACCCGUCGGAGAUUACCAUGGGCCACAAUGUGGCGAAGCUUGUGUCGCCAGACCGGCAGGCGGUGGAAGUGAAAGAAGGAUCGGAGCCGGACGAGUUCUGGAAGUCGAUCGGCGGCAAGGGCGACUACAAAAAGGGCCACCAGGAGGUGCACAACCCGCUGCUCGAACCCCGCCUCUUCAAGUGCUCCACGGCCACCGGAAGGCUGCGCGUCAUCGAGAUCUGCAACUUCACCCAGGAGGAUCUGGACGUGAAUGACGUCAUGAUGCUGGACAGCGGAGACGAGAUCUACGUCUGGAUCGGCAAGGGCUCCACCGAGGAGGAGAGGACCAAGUCGCUCGAGGUGGCCAUGGAGUACGUGAAGACAGACCCAACAGAGCGGGAUCUGAACAGCACUGCCAUCAUCACUGUGAACCAGGCUCAGGAGCCGGAUGCAUUUACGGCACUCUUCGAUCACUGGGACCCCAACCUUUGGGAGAACAUUCCCACGUACGAGGAGCUUAAGCGUCAAGUUACCAGACUCGUGCCGUCGCUGUUGCGUUAUCGGAUCUUCCGCGUGGAGAACUUCGAGCUGGCUCCAAUAGACCCGGCCAUCUACGGUUUCUUCUUCGGAGGGGACAGCUACGUCAUCAAGUACACCUACAAGAAGGGCUACAGCGAGCGCUACAUCAUCUACUUCUGGCAGGGAAACGAGAGCAGCCAAGACGAAAAGGCCGCCUCUGCGAUCUGGGCCGUGAAGAUGGACAACGACCUCUGCGGAAAGGCCAUUCAGGUGCGCGUGGUUCAAGGACACGAGCCGGAGCACUUCCUGCGCAUGUUCAAGGGGCGCAUGAUCAUCUUCAGUGGAGGACACGCCAGCGGAUUCCGCAAUCUCAGGGACCACGACACGUACGACGUUGACGGAACGCGCAUGUUCCACGUCAAGGGAACGUCAGACGUCGACGUCCGGGCAGUCCAGGCAAAUGAAGUGGCGGCUUCAUUGAAUUCCGAGGACGUCUUUGUGCUAGAGACACCGAAGACUACCUUCCUAUGGCUGGGAGAGUUCGCCGACCCAUCGGAGAUUGCCAUGGGCCACAAUGUGGCGAAGCUUGUGUCGCCUGACCGACAGGCGGUGGAAGUGAAAGAAGGCUCGGAGCCGGACGAGUUCUGGAAGUCGAUCGGCGGCAAGGGCGACUACAAGAAGGGGCACCAGGAGGUGCACAACCCGCUGCUCGAACCCCGCCUCUUCAAGUGCUCCACGGCCACCGGAAGGCUGCGCGUCAUCGAGAUCUGCAACUUCACCCAGGAGGAUCUGGACGUGAAUGACGUCAUGAUGCUGGACAGCGGGGACGAGAUCUACGUCUGGAUCGGCAAGGGCUCAACAGAGGAGGAAAGGACCAAGUCGCUCGAGGUGGCCAUGGAGUACGUGAAGACAGACCCAACAGAGCGGGAUCUGAACAGCACUGCCAUCAUCACUGUGAACCAGGCUCAGGAGCCGGAUGCAUUUACGGCACUCUUCGAUCACUGGGACCCCAACCUUUGGGAGAACAUUCCCACGUACGAGGAGCUUAAGCGUCAAGUUACCAGGCUGUGAGUUUCGGGGUGCCGAAGAAAGCCUGCACCCGCAGCUUCGCCCAAGCGACGCCUUUCUGUACCGUGCUCUGGUGGACAGCGAGACGGGAGCUGGCUGCGUGUGCCUUCUCGGUGCCGAAAGGCUUGCAACGCUCACUCCCUGCACUCCGCACAUUUCUUUUAUCUUUUAUUUUGUUUUUCUUGAAGUCACUUCCGAACGGCGACUUUUGCCUUCGAAAGUGGCCAUUGCCUUUCGCACCGAGUCAGUGUGGUUGAAAAUGAGAAACGUCCGCAAACGCCACUACCUCGUCAAAGGCCGGCCCGUCCGCUAGGCCCUUGAGGUUCUUGAAACGUGAGCACUUGUUAGAAGUAGCCCAAUAUUUUAAAGUGAACAUUACUACUGGCUGGGCCAGCUUGUGUUACUUGAGCAAUCAACACACCAACAGAAAACAGCAAAGCAAGGAUUGAGGGCAGAACAAACUAAACAGAGUCGCGGAUUUCUUGCGUUUGAGUCUGUGCGGUGGGGACCAUACCAGUUGCUUUCGAGAUAUCAAGCGCGGUGUCUGAUUGAAGCAGCCCGAUCUUUGGGACCAAGCUUCAAUGAGUUGCCGCGCUUGAUAACCCCAAAGCAACUGGUAGUCCACGUGUGAUCUGAUCUUCGAGGUCACGACCCAAGGCGAGUAGUUAGGCACACUUCCACGUGCAGCACUGAGAUCGACGCUUCUUGUUACCGGCAAUGGAAAACAAUGUUUCUUGGCAGACGUGACUGAAGCAUUGCAAGCUUGGCGUCGUUUUAGCAAACUUACGACUUUGAUUUAUAAUUACAUUGGGUAUACCACAAAAGCCUUUCACGCUCAACUCUUUUGCGCAGUGUAUCUUGAUGUGCUUAAUACAUUCUGCUCGAAUGAUUUGCGUGUGCCUUUCGGUACGUGCCUUUUACAUCAAGCUCUUACAAUCGAGGUGAUGUUGCGGACGUGUAACGUACUUACGUAACCAUUUCGCGCCUUGUUCAAUGUGAAUGCCAGCCGAAUGCAACAGCGUUUAACCUAUUUCCGAACAAACAAAUCGCACCGCCUUUAAGCAAAUUCUGCCACCGUCUUUCACGUGCGUUAAGUAUUUUUUCGCCUCUACGCUGUGUGCAAGAAGAGCACUUUGAAUGAGUCGCAGCGUUCUGUGUGGUAUUUUGCGAGAUGCAUAUUCUCUCUCGAUGCACUUGUCUAUUAUCCAGAGUGCUGACGUAAAUUAUGUGAGCCAGCGCAAAUGUGUUUUAGUGUGCU